AUGAUUCGUAAUAAUGCUUGUUAUAAAAUUCCUGGUCCAUGUAUUCUUGUUUAUGAUGAUUAUAAUCGUGGACGAAAUUUUAUUGUAGGAAAUUAUGCAAUCCAAGCAGGUACAACAGAUCACGGAAUACAAUGUACAUCAGGAGUAACAAUUACAAAUAAUGUUAUUAUCUAUGCCAAUCUUGCUGGUAUUGGUGUAAUUCGAAACUCAAUCUAUCCUGCUGUUGGUUACAUUCGAAAUAUAACUAUAAAUCAUAAUACUAUCUAUAUGUCACAAGCAGAUGCAUGUCUUCGCUUGAAUGGAUUAACAAAUAAUAAUAUUCUUAUUUCAAAUAAUGUGUUGUAUUGUGGAAAACAACAGUCAAUCACAUCUUCUGUUAACUUAGCUGGUUAUCAAAUUUAUAAUAAUGCUGUGAAUGGUCCUAUUGAAGCUUCAGGAAUUCAUUCCACUGGAGUUUUCAAUAUUGAAGGCAAUAUCUUUUUCGAUCCUAACAAGUUGAAUUUCUAUCCAGCCAUAGGAUCUCCAUUAAUCAAGGCUGGUGUACAUUUUGAUGAUCAGCUUGUUACUUAUGAUUUUAAUGGAAAAAUUCGUUCGAAUACAAAUCCAACUGUUGGUGCUUAUGAAUAUUCUACUGGAAUAAAUCCCGGUUGUCAAAUACACAGUAGUUUUAAAUGUGGUUCAUCUACAGCUAUUACACCUAAUUAUUCUAUUUAA